AUGGGACUUAUUAACUAUCGUGGAAUACAUAUUGAUUGGUUAACAGCUCAGCAAGCAAGAGAGAAAGUUAGGCUUUCAACUCUCUCAAUUGUUAGUGAUAAUACUGAUGGUUUAGGAAUAGAUGACCUUCUUGCAGAUAUUAGCAAUAUUGAACUUGAUGAUCUAGAACCUACAUAUUUAAGAGAAAAUACUGAUCUUAAGCCAGCUAGAUAUAAAGUUGCUUACAACAUACUUCAUGUUGGUGAUGAGUUCUUAGUUAGUUAUUACUUCCUAUAUACUUUUAGAGGAUUACCUUUCUACUAUCUAGAUAUUUCUAUGAUUCACAAUGAAUAG